AACGAUCGAACGAUCGCUCGCGGUUUGAACAGAUUUGAAACCGAAACGACUCGACGACGGCGAUGCCCAACGCGACGACGCGCGGGACGACGCGGACGAUCGCGGGACGCGCGAUGACGCGCGCGACGACGCGGUGCGUGACGCGCGCGCCGCCGAAACCGCGGACGCGGACGGGGAGCGACCGCGCGGUGCGAAGCGCGCCGGCGCCGGUGAGCGCGGCGCAGCGAAGAAAACCGCGAGGACGGCGAUCGCGCGAUGCGACGGACGACGAUCGCGCGGACGAUGGGAACGGUGGCGAUGGUGGCGAUUGGUUCGGCGGCGGCGGCGGCGGCGGCGACGGGGGCGACGGCGACGACGGCGAGGACGAGGACGCGUUUCGAAUGGACGCCGACGAGUUGACGGCGUUCGAGCGCGCGUUGUUCUCGGAGAUUGAGGUCAUGGACGCGCACGCGUUGUACGCGUGGCAGAGCGCGUGCGCGGUGACGCUCGUCGGGUGCGUGCAGCACGUGAUCGACGUCGCCGCGGCGAGAGCGCGCGGGUUCGGCGACGCCGUCGCCUUCGCGUGAGCGAUCCGAGACGACGAACCGGUCGUCCGCGCCGACGCGCGCUGUACGCUACGAAGCCAUCACGUGGAGUGUUGUGCAUUAUCUUUUUCCGAUCCACGGUGUUGUAUAUCAGUUGUAAACGAUGCGAAGCGAACGCGUUCGUCCGCACUUCGCCGCGCGCGCGAUGGCGUCGCGCCCUCGAGUCCUCGUCCUCGCCCGCGCGUCGUCCGCGUCGUCCGCGACGACGCGCGCUCCCGAGUACCGCGCCGCGGGCUAUCGCACGUUCGUCGAUCCAUCGCCGAGCGCGAGCGCGACGCGCGUAAAGAUUGACUGCGGACCCGUGCGCGCCUACACCGGCGGACGUUACGACGGCGACACGCUCCGCGCGCCGUGGGAUUCGGCGCAGACGACGCCCAAGGGCGACGGAGCGUCGAACUCGACGACGCAGCGCACGUACGUGUUCGACACGACGCUCGCCGGGGCGAGCGAAGUGCUGAGCGUGACGGCGGCGAGGCCGCUGGGAAUAAUCUUCGAAGACGACGCCGACGGACGCGCGCGCGUCGCUGAUUUCGUGAAAGGGAGCGAUGCGGCGCGAGCGAACGACGUCGCGGCGCUGGCGCCGUUCGGAAGGCAGUGCGCGCGACGAGGGGACGUGCUGCGGGCGUUCACGGCGACGCAGGUGGUGUAUCGGACGACGGCGGCGCUGACGGGGGAUUUGAGCGGUACGAAACGCGUGCGGACGCUGUUCGGCGCGGACGAGGUGCCGUGGGGGGAGGUGAGCGCGGCGUUGGCGAACGGGAGGGUGGCCGAUGGGCCGAUCACGUUGGUAUUGGAACGCGACGGCGAUCGCGAACGCGCCGAAAAUUGGCCGAGAAGAGAAGAGGAGCUCGAGUUUAGGGGGUUGGGCGACGAGAGCACGCAGGCGAAGAGGCAGCGAGAACGCUUCGAAUCGGAUGAAGACACCGAACGGGCGAAUAUCGCCUUCGCGGGCGCGAUCGCGGCGUUUGUUCUGUUGAUCCUCGCCGGGUUCUCGUAGA